CCUCUGUACAAUAUGGGAUAGUGUCUUGUCAACAUUGCUCUGCAGCACACUAUGGACAUGGAGGAGAGUAAGACGUUCCUAGGAGAGAAGCCUGCUCCUGCUGUAGAUGACACUCUGGAUGAAUAUUUAAUUGCCCUCCAGCAAAAAAACAGAAUUUUAAAGCGCCUCAGAGUGAAAGACCCAAAGGAGAUUGAACUGGAACGAUUGGAGCAAGGGUUUUCUAUUUAUCUUAACGGAGCAAAUGCCGAAUGCAGUAAAAAGCACCACAAGGGCUCCAGUAACAAGCCUGACACCUCUUUACCUGCUAGGAGAGCUGCACGUACAGCCGAUUUCUGUAGAAGCGCCCACCAGCUAACGGAAGAUAGUCGUCAUCUGGAUCAUUCCAACAGGAAGAGAAGCCAAACUGCCCCAGAAAAGGUCAAGAGGAAGGAAUGGGUGCAGGCUUCUGUUAAAAUUAGAACAGAGGAUGGCCCGUGUUUGGAAAUAUCCCCUGAAACGUGCUACUCUGAAGAUUUUGAGCCCUAUGAAAGUGUAGACAUGGAGAGAUCGCCACAAAGUCCUCGCUGUCAGAAAGACAACCGCAAGGUUUCACGCUCCUUCAGCUCCAGGCCUGACAGCCAAGGAGGCCAAUCAAACCAGGAGCACAGUGAGAAGGUGCUACUAAACCUCGAGGACGUGAAGGUUUUACGUCGAAGCCUGGAGGUUAGCAUGCGACGGAGCAGCAGCGGCUCAGCAGGGGAAGAGCUGGACGAAGAGUGGGUAGAGGAGCAGAUUGAGAGGGAGGAGAGCAGUGAGAGCCUGGAUGAACUCGGGCUGCCUCUUUCUUCCUCCAAGUCCUCCGCUAAUUCUCGGACAAGUGGGAGUCAUGGCCAUUUUGACUCGGCAAACCUUAUUGUCCUGGACUUUGGACCCUCACCUAAAGGUCGUAAAAUUGAACGUUCACUCUCUGCAAAAAGGAAGGAAAGCAUUGAUCCCUUUAUACCAACUAAACCUCUGUUGGUGAAGAGCAAAACAUUAGAUAGGCCACCUUCAAAAGAGAGCUGGGAUGGUCCAAGGAGUCGAGUGGAGAAGCCUCUUUCAGCAUCCAGAAAAGCUUCAGUUGAAGAGCGAGACUCUGUAGAAGUUGCAAGCAACGUUUGCCAAGCCAUACAGAGAGAAAACACCCCCGUACAGAAUGAUGAGGCCUGGGGACAUCAGAUGAUGAAUGCCUUAAAGCAUCACAGCAAACAUGACAAAGAUGAGAACAAUGUUACUCUGGCCAUGCAGAGAAUAACGCUCAUGGCUCCAAGGCAACAACAGAAACUGCUGAAAGCCCUGGAGAACCUAGAAGCUGGACCAGGUCACAACAUUCCUCACAGCGUUCAAACUGACUCCAGCAAGCAGCCAAGAGAGCUGUCGUCGGCAGAGGUCACCCCUGCCUUGUAUGUUACCAUGGAGAUCCUGUCAAACUGGGGGAACGCGCUGCAGGUUGGGCUGACUGAGUUGCAGUUCUGUCACAGAAACAAAAAGUUAUUCGUCUCACCUCAUGACCUGGACAUCAGGAAUGUUGACUAUCCAGGAAAUCUGGGGGCGCUUGUCAACGGGAAGGUGAAGACCACUAAAGAGCGUCACAUGUGGACGUGCCCCUUCCACCCUCCCAUCCAGCUCUACUUUAUCAUCAGGAACACAGAACACGCUCCAGAUUUUGGAGUAUCUUGUAUUAAAAUCUGGAACUACAACCGAAGCCUGACCGACCUUGACAUAGGUGCUCGCCAUAUAAAGCUGUACCUGAACAGCACACUUGUGUUUGAAGGUGAGCUGGAGAAGGGCUGCGGCAACCAGGUUUUUGACUACAGCACCACAAUCAAUCUGAAAGAUUUUCAGGCGUCAGACACUUUCUUCUCCAGCCCUGUGUCUUUGGGACACAACCUGCAGGGUCCGUGGCACUAUGAGGACAGGAAGAGUGCUGAGGGCAGCAGCUCUCAACGGCACCAAAGUUCAGUAGCUUUAGCAGAUCCAGCAGGCCAGACUAUGAUAGACAUGCAGGAGAAAGCGCAUACACCACUACCACCCAUCACUAACUUUCGUCGCUCUGCCUCACAAAAAAGCUCUUUUGACCUGUCUGCCACAGAUGAACCACUCUCCCCCAGGCAGCAGGUGGAGCAGACAGUUACCACCCAGCCUUCCUCCUCUCGAGUUGCACCCCAGUGGCUGCAGCCUCUGAACAGAGCAGCUCCAGAGGGCUGUGAGGCCAUCAGAGAGAAACCUCGGUGGCUGGUACCUCAGCACUCUUUAGAAACUAACCCACAUUCUGCCUCGUCCUCCUCCAUGCUCCCAGAGCUGCCCUGUAACCCAGGCCGGGUGUGCAGGGGGAUUGAUAGGUCAAUGAAUGGAGGUCAAUGGAAGGAUGACUCUUUGGACCUGAAAUGCGACCUGCUUGAAGAACUGGGAGAGCAGAAGCCAGACCGGCCCAUCAGUGGGCGCAGGAGCUCAUUCAGAAACCCCACAGUCGCUGUCAGGCAGAGCGAGGAGCAACAGCACAGAGCGACAGCUGUGACAAGCACAGAAGAGCCCAUGUGUUUGGUGAACAUGAACAGGAGGCAGAGCAGCUCUCAGGGCCAGCUGCUCAGCCAGCAGGACGACACUCUCAGGGAGUCUUGGGACUCACUCACAAAGUUCAACCAAUGCCAGCGUGGACGGAUCUCCAACAUGGGCUUCGAGGGGGACAUUUUUGACGAGUUUCUUCAGCGGCAGACACGUGGUCCUCCUGCGCUCCCAUUAAAUCCCACUGCAGCACCCAGUAGCCCACUGUCCUCCCUAAACACUCAGGGGCUUCUGAACGAAGGCCCUGAUGACGAUCCAUUCAUGGAGCGGGAGGAUGAGUUUGAAAUCCCGGUGCUGCCACAAGGCCAAAAGCUAGUAAUAAGCAUUUUAUCCACAUGGGGUGAUCGUCAUUACGUAGGUCUCAACGGCCUCGAGGUGUUCAGCUCCAGUGGAGAGCCUCUUAGGCCUUGUCACAUUCGUGCCAACCCUCCAGAUAUCAACAUUCUCCCAGCAUACGGUAAAGAUCCACGUGUGGUCACCAACCUAACUGAUGGUGUCAAUCGCACUCAGGACGAUAUGCAUCUUUGGCUGGCACCUUUUACACCUGGUCGUAGCCAUACCAUCUUUCUGGAUUUUGGAGCUUCGUACCAAAUUGCCAUGAUUCGAAUUUGGAACUACAACAAGUCACGCAUCCACUCAUUCCGCGGGGUGAAAGAGGUGGAGAUGCUGCUGGAUGGAAGGUGUAUCUUCAGGGGAGAAAUUGCCAAAGCCUCAGGAACACUUACUGAUGGACUGGACCAGUUUGGAGACACUAUUCUUUUCACCACUGACGAUGAAAUUCUAGAGGCCAUGUCUCGUUACGAUGAAACCUUCCUCAAUGAAGCUGAGAGUCCAGAGAGCUUGGUGUACGAGGAGGAGUUACAGAGACCAUGCACCGCUGAUGGAGAGGGAGAAGAAAGACCUUUUACACAGGCGGGUUUCAGAGAGGAAGACCUCACUUUGAAACUUCAACUCAACCCCACUGUGAGUCAGCCUGAGGAGAACUUAGAACAUGUUCCUGGGAUGUUCACUGGAAAGUGCCUUAGACUGGAGCUGAUGAUGACGUGGGGUGAUUCCCAUUAUUUGGGCCUGACAGGACUGGAGGUGGUGGGAAAAGAUGGUGAACCCUUACCUUUAGAUCUCAGUAUGAUUUCUGCCUCACCGAGGGACCUAAACGACCUGCCGGAGUACAAACAUGACUUGCGCACACUUGAUAAGCUCAUCACUGGCCACAACAUAACCACCGAGGACCAUCACAUGUGGCUGAUUCCUUUCUCCUAUGGAGAGCUCCACAUCUUGAACAUUACCUUCAGCAAGACUCAGACCAUCGCUGGUCUCCGCAUCUGGAACUACAACAAGUCACCUGAGGACUCAUACAGAGGGGUGAAAGUCAUCCAUUUGUACUUAGAUGAUGUUGCCAUUUCUCCAGCGGAGGGGUUCCUGAUCCGGAAAGGUCCAGGACAUUGUCACUUUGACUUUGCCCAAGAAAUCCUCUUUGUUGACUUCCUUCAAAAACCCAUCAAUAACAAGAGGAAUGAAGACUCCCUAAAAGAUAGCUCUAAGAGACUGGAACAGGCCAGCAUGGACUAUGAAGCUCCCAUCAUGCCUUGUGGUUUCAUCUUUCAGCUGCAGCUGUUGACAACCUGGGGAGACCCAUACUACAUUGGACUGAAUGGUCUGGAGUUUUAUGACCAGAACCACGAGAAGAUCAAUCUCACUGACAACAACAUUACAGCUUUUCCAGACAGUGUCAAUGUACUGGACAAUGUGAGUGGUGACGUAAGGACUCCAGAUAAAUUAAUAGAUGGAGUCAAUCAUUCCUUCGACGGCAGACACAUGUGGUUAGCCCCAGUUCUACCUGGAACGGUGAAUCGUGUUUAUGUCAUCUUUGAUCAGCCGGCGACCGUGUCCAUGAUCAAACUCUGGAACUACUCAAAGACACCUCAAAGAGGGGUGAAAGAGUUUGGGCUGCUGGUGGACGACCUCCUGGUGUAUAACGGCAUCUUGGACAUCGUUAGUCACACAGCAAGAGGCAUUCUACCUACCUGUGACCCGGUGGUGCCUUACCACACCAUCCUGUUCACAGAUGAUGUCUACAUUGCACAUCGUGAAAGGAACAAUGUCAUCAG